AUGGAAUCAUCAUAUUCAACCCUACCAUUGAUGGACGCUGCUGGAAAUGAUGAUUUGUUCGCUAAUAAAGCCUUUGAUUACGAUUAUGAAGAUUCCUCGUCGGGCUAUGAAUCUACAGAUAUGGAGUCAGUGAGUUCUUGGGGAUCACGUGACAGCCUUGACAGUAGACUACACGACAGUCAUAACAACUUCUUACCGAUGAACAAAGAUGAAGAAAUCAUGACUUUAAGAAGCACAACAUUCGCUUCAAGACACCUGAAAAACUUUAUAGCAUGCCCGAGAUGUGCGAACGUCACGGUUGUUUUGUUGAACCACUUGAAAUACCAGUUGCACCGGAGUUCGCGCAAUCAUGGUACACUGGUUAUGUAUCAACUGAUAUUAAAGCAUAUGUCUAUGGAAGCUGCUGACAAAGAAAGGAACGUCAAAAGUAACAAGAAGUCAAAGAAAAACACUUGCAAGGCAGUUGGAAUAGGUCGGUCAUUAUCCCAAAGACUUAUUAUCCCUGUCAAGAAAUACGAUUGUGAGGUGUUCCGAAUGUUGGUCCAAUUUAUUCACUGUGGAAUUGUGAAUAUCACCGAGGAAACAGUUGCUGGUUUAUUUUGUGCUGCCUCCCAUUUUGAGCUACCGGAUCUGAGCAAAGCUUGUUUAGAUUUUGUUGAGAGAUGUAUCAAGGUCGGUAGAGCUGAGAAACUGCUCUUUUCUACAAGAUGUUACAGCCAACAUACAGCUUCCAAAGCAUUAUUUGAUAGGAUUUAUUCAGUGUUGGACAAACGAUGUGUCGCCAAACUUGAAGAACUCCAGUUUAAACUCAGACGUGUUACAUUUUGA